GGGCACCCAGGAAGUCGCUGUCACCUCCAACAGCCCUCGCCAUGGGCGCCCCGCUGGGGGGGCGUGGUGCCGUCGCGGGAGCACUGUCUGGGGCGCACUGAGGAGCGCGGUGGCCCCAGCGAGAGGGUGGUGCUGGGGCAGGUGACCGCACGGCCUGGUCAGCCGUGAUCUGUAGGGACAGACCACCUCUACCUACCCAGACAUUCUCAGCGUCCUCCUCGCGGGCCUGCCAAAGCUGCACUGGUGUGUGUGUGUGUGUUCAGAACACGACUGUAGUCUUUUCCUGACGGGAUUCAUCCACUUCUCCAAGGAGUCACCUCAGCUAGUUGUUACUUUGUUCUGACCUCGGUUGAAAUUACAGACAUCCUGCCAAAAUGAUUUCUUCAAAGCCCAGACUUGUCGUACCCUAUGGCCUCAAGACUCUGCUUGAAGGAGUUAGCAGAGCCAUUCUCAAAACCAACCCACCAAACAUCACCCAGUUUGCAGCAAUUUACUUUAAAGAACUUAUUGUGUUUAGAGAAGGGAAUACUUCUCUGGAUAUAAGAGAUCUGGUUAAGCAAUUUCAUCAGAUUAAAGUAGAGAAAUGGUCAGAAGGAAUGGCAUUGGAUGAGAAACCAGAAUGUGGAAAACAACCAGAAGUAACAUCUAUUUUCCAAGAACCUACACGGAUGGAAAAAUCUACGGACACAGAGGAGGACAAUAUAACUGGACAACAAUUUAGCAACAAGACCACUCAAUUUCCAGCAGUUCAUGCUGAGAUCCCACAGCCUGAGGAGACAACUGAAGGAGUUUGGUGUCCUCCUUCCAAACCAUCCACACCUAAGACUACCACCCCAUCCACAUCACCACCGCCAGCACCUGUCUCAGCAGAGUUUGCCUAUGUCCCAGCUGACCCAGCUCAAUUUGCUGCUCAGAUGUUAGCACUAGCAACAAGUGAAGCAGGACAACCACCACCCUAUUCUAACAUGUGGACCCUUUACUGUCUAACUGAUAUGAAUCAACAAAGUCGCCCAUCACCGCCACCUGCAUCUGGGCCUUUUCCCCAAGCAACCCUCUAUCUAUCUAAUCCUAAGGAUCCACAGUUUCUGCAGAGUCCACCGAAAGUUACUUCUCCAACUUAUGUGAUGAUGGAUGAAAGCAAGAAGGCCAGUGCCCCACCUUUCAUUUUAGUAGGAUCAAGCGUUCAGGAGACCCAGGAUUGGAAACCUACUCCUGGACAUGCUGUUGUCUCACAGUCAGAUGCCUUGAAGAGAUACGCUGCAGUACAAGUACCCAUUGCUGUCCCAGCAGACCAAAAGUUCCAGAAACACACCUUAAAUCCCCAGAAUGUUAGUCCUCCUACAAGCGGACAAGAUGGCCCCAGACCACAAAGUCCAGUUUUUCUUUCUGUUGCUUUCCCAGUAGAAGAUGUAGCUAAAAAAGGUUCAGGAUCUGGUGACAAACGUACUCCCUUUGGAAGCUAUGGUAUUGCUGGAGAGAUUACCGUGACUACUGCCCAUGUUCACAGAGCAGAAACUUAAAAUGAUGAUGAAAAUGACUGAGUCAACAUUCAAGCUGUUUGAGUCAACAUUCAAGGUGGAGUUUACCACCAAGCGUAAUAUUAUAUCAAUAAACUUCCUGCAAGCAUA